CUGCCCGCAGCCGCUUCGGCCGCCCGCCCUGCCUCCGCCGCCGCCGCCUCUACCCCCAGGGGCCAUGUCCGCGGGCUCCGGGAGCGAGACAGAGGAGCUGCCCGAGAUGGACCUGCGGGCGCUGCAGCUGGACUACCCGGCGGCGGGCAAGAGGCAGCCCCGUGGCGAGCUCUACCCCUCUGGGGACAACUCCUCGGCGGCGGAGGAGGAGGAAGAGGAGGAGGAAGAGGAGGAGGAGGAGGAGGACGGCGAGGGCAGCUGCGCGGCGGGGGCGGCGGGCUGCAAGAGGAAGCGGGCGAGGGGCAGCGGUCCCGGGGGCAAGAAGGCGCCGUCGGGGCCGCGGGGGCCGGCGGCAGAGGGGAAGCAGUCGCAGCGCAACGCGGCCAACGCGCGGGAGCGGGCGCGGAUGCGGGUGCUGAGCAAAGCGUUCUCCCGGCUGAAGACCAGCCUGCCCUGGGUGCCGCCCGACACCAAGCUCUCCAAGCUGGACACGCUGCGCCUGGCCUCCAGCUACAUCGCGCACCUCCGGCAGCUGCUGCAAGAGGACCGCUACGAGAACGGCUACGUGCACCCCGUCAACCUGACUUGGCCAUUUGUGGUCUCAGGACGACCCGACGCUGACACAAAAGAUGUCUCUGCAGCCAGAUUAUGUGGAACUACCGCUUAGCCAAAUUCUUUCCCUUAGAGCUCUGAGGGGAAUCUAUUUAAAGCAGUAAAGGAAGGAGACGCUGGAAAGGAGAGCUGUUAUGAACUGUCUGCAGCCGCUGAAGUCUGAGAUUUGGAAAAGCCCUUCUUGGGCUUUGCCAUUUGUGCCGCUGCCUGAGGACCUGUUGUUCUGAGGCUGUUAAACUAAUGGAAGAGGAACAGAUUGUUAUAGAAUUAACAGCAUGGACCAAAACACAACUCUACAAACUAACCCCAAACAGUGUUAUUUGUAUUCUAAAGCAAAGCAGUAUUUUAGAUUAGCUUUGAAACUCAGAUUUAUAAUAUAUUUUGAUGGCUUUUGUAUUCACGGGUCGGGUUUACUGCAACUAUGCAAGAAGUGUAACCAUUCUUUGUUUUUGUCCUUUUAACCGGAGUUUUCUUGAAAAUAUGUAAGCAGCUACAUUCUGCAUUUAGGCUACCACGCAAUGGAAUGAAACUAAUUCCUUUGGUUAUGCCUCGAAGUGCCACAUGUAACAAUGUGGGACUGUCCCCAAGAUGUGGGCACAAUUUCUACAUCUUAAUACGGAAGAGAAAUUCUGCUCACUGAAAGGCCAGGGUGCAUGCGCUGUAAAGAAUGAAUUGUGUGGUGCUGCAAUACAGCAAGGAUUCACAAGGUGUUAAACAUUUCUUCUACACUGCUACACUUCCCUUUGAUAAGUUGACCCUCAAAUGAGUUCCAGUAAUGUUUCUUCACUAAUCCAAAUGCUGUAAUAAAAGGAGGAUGCCAUCAAAUAAGUUGCAAAUGUAAAUAACUUUAUUUUUUUAUAAAUGACAUUAAAAGCUUGGUUACAGUGACUAACAGUACUGUGACAGUGUGUGGCUGCUUUAAUGUAGGACAAUCUUUGCAGUGCCGAUCCUUGAAAGCCUAUUCUGUAGGUAUACCCUUCUCUUCCUUAUCUCCUGAGAGCAGAUACAUCUUCAGCAGCAGACAAGGACACUUUCACCCCAACCUGCUCACAUUAGGUACAGCACUAUGACAAUCAUCAGAGAAAAACACAAUUUAACACCCUAUGGAAUUUAUUAUCAUAAUCUUUUCUUUGAACCAGGAAAAUAAAUGCAGAUAUGAAAAUUA